AUGAAGCCAAGUCUUAGCGCCUAUCCUGAUUCCACAGCUGUCUUACUCGCAGCCAUCAAUCAUCGUCGAUCUAUGCCUCACACUGUAGUGUUGCUAAGGCACCAGGAUGAUCGACUAGAUUUGAGGGCCUACAUUUUCGUGCCGGAUGCCACUCAAGAGGGCAGACAACCCGAUCCUGCAGCAUGUGUAGAUCGACUAGCUAUUUAA